AUGGCAAAUUUUGAAAAACUGACUUCAGCCCUUGACAAAUUGUCUAAUCCCAAAGAAAAUGUGGACACAAGAGGACCGGCUCAAAUGUUGCUGUCUGCCGUAUGUGAUUUUUCUUUUUUGUGUUACCUUUCUUUCUGGUGUGAAGUUCUAGAAGAAGUUAAUAUCACACAGAAAUAUUUGCAAACAGUCGGACUCACUCUUGAAAAGUGCAUUGUGAAACUACAAGGUUUGAAAGCGUUUCUAGCAGAUCAGCACAGUGAAAUUGUGGAAAAGGCCAUUGGUUAUUCAACUACUACGUGUAAAGAAAUGGACAUUUCAAUGGAAAGAAGAGGGAGAGUAAAGCUUCGUAAAACAUUGCCAGGAGAGAAGGCAAAUGACGCUGGUCUCACAUUGCCAGAGGAAAUGAAAAGGGCUAUGUUUGAGUGCCUUGAUCAUUUUCAUCACGAGUUGGAAAUUCGUUCCCAGGCAAUUAAAAAAAAUCCUUUCAAUGUUUACUGUUAUUCAGCCAAACUCUCUGGUUAUGGCAACAGAGAAAGAUAUUCGUAAUUAUACCCCAAAAAUGACUGAGAUUUUUGACGAAUUCUCUAAUGAAGACAUCUUUAGUGAAAUUGAACGUCUGCGGAGGCAUUUGGAAGCUGCCAAGAUCAGUGCUGAAGAAGCAAAGAAAUGGACGGCAUUACAGUUCCUGGUGUUCAUUGUUAAAUGGGAUUAUUGUGAAUCUCUGCCAAAUUUGUCACUGUGUUUAAGAUUCUUUUUGACUCUGUGUGUGUCCAUUGCUUCAUGUGAAAGAAGUUUUUCCAAAUUAAAAUUGAUAAAAAAUUUAUUUCGCUUAACCAUGAGUGAGACAAGGUUGACAAAUCUGGCUAUACUUUCAAUUGAGCAUGAAUAUGCAAGGAAGAUUGGCUUUGAUGAAGUAAUCGAUAAAUUUGCAGAAAUGAAGGCUCGAAGGCAGCGGAUGUGA